AUGCACAGUCGGAAGAAAAAGAUUAAACGGCAUGAUGUGGUUUACGACAAUACUGAAAGGGAUUCGAUCCCGAAGAGAGGGUAUUAUUCGGAACUAGUAUCCAAUAUGACAAAAGAAGAUGCCUCAAGACAAGUCUUCGCUAAGAAACGUAUGAAAUUACUUCUCCAGGCAAAGACGGAUAAAUUAGCACCUAUGGUUAUGUCACUGCCGAAGCCACAAAAACCAAAGAUCCUGCUACCCCCAGGACGCUGGACAACAUAUAACGAAGAUGAUAGCAUACAAUUUCCGUUCGAGACUUUCGUGCCAAAACUUCAAUUUUUGAGCGUCGUACUGCCGAAAGAAUUGCCGAGAUUAGUCAAGAUCGAAAGACUUCGUAGGAAAUUCUUAGCGGCCAAUAUAAAGAAAAUGCUUCGAGAACGUGACAUACAACCGUACUUGAUAAUGCCUCCAUCUGAAUAUAAUCUCUCAGACGAAGAAUACUACGGCCUAUACAGCCCAUUUCCUAAAAUGGAUUUGGAAUUAUUCGAUAACACCGAAUUUGAUUGUAGAAUACCAGAAGAAUGGCUAAGUCUUGGUAAUAUAGAAGGGGAACAAUAUCCAUGUCCAGGCCUGGCGUUUAUACCCAAGCAAGAUGGAAAAUCUAACAAGCCAGCGACAGAUAUUAUACAAAUUCUUAAUAACUUAUAUGAAUGGACGAACGUAGCUGCUUUCAGUUAUGACAAAAAUACUGAUAAAUGGGUAGUGAUGGCAUUGGACGGAUCGAAACGAUAUUUCAACAUUCCUCGUAUAAGAUUGAUGUUCAAAGCUGAUGAUCCAGACACGUUCGCUGAAAGAGUGAAGUUCGCAGUCAAUUUGCGUAAAGAAGUUGAGAAUAAUUUUAGGUUUUAUUUAUACUUGGACUGUUUGAUCCUGGAUGGUCUGCCGAGGAUACCCUUAAACUAUAUGCCGACUAUCAUAAAUUUGGUUCUCAUUCAUCGUCAAGCGAAAGAUGUUAAUGAAGAUCACUUUCAAGCUUUGAAACAAGAGGCUGAACUUAUAUACAGGAAAAUUGAAGGCAAAAUGAAAAUAAUAAAUACGAUGAAGAAAUAUCCGACGCUAUACAACUUCAUAAGCCCGCCGAGCAAGGACUACGAACCUCCUAUACCAGAUUAUGGUCGCUAUCCGUGUGAAAUGAUAGAUUUUUCCGGCAGAGUGAAGUUCAAUCAGUGGAACUCUCUCUACGUUCUCACAGAGUCCGUGUCCUGCAUUCAUUUAGUUGUUGAAGAAUGUCUUAAGGUCGAGUCGAUGUUAUUCUUCACAACAAACUAUGGCAGAAACGUCAGUCUCCCGGAAUUUGAUGCAGCGCAACAACAUUGUACAUCUAUGAUGCUUAAAUACCUCAACAUAACAUGGUUGAAUUCAACAGCGCAUGCGAUCCGUAUGUCUUACAGGGAUGUUGGAAAAGGAUGGUUCAAUAUCUAUGAAAAGAGUUGGGAAUUUUACGGUAUCAGUAAGCUGUGCAGGUUUAUGCAGCUCGUCAGAUUCAGAAUGCAGUAUGCAUUGCGUUUUUGCAUCGAACAAUCGAUGGCUAUGUUCGUAAAUCUCUGCGAAACGCCAUGCCUCUGUACCUACUGGUGUGAGGAGAACUAUGAAUGGGAUGCGAGUGACCUCAUCAAUACUCCGUUCCGUUCGGCAGCUCCGACACUAUUCUACUUUCACCUCAUGAUGUCAGCCGAGGGUCCUUAUUAUACGACAUCACCGGAUCAGUUCGAAGUCGUUAUUCAGCGUCUUUUCCGUGAGAUGUUGUAUCGCUGCCACUUCAUACCCCAAGUUCAUCCUAAGAUUAUGACUGGUCUCGUUUUUGAUAAGGAGUUGUUCCUCACUUCUAUUGGUCUUAUGGAGCCUAAUGUUGUAGAAUACAGAGAACGGCUGCUUAAGGCAUACAGGAAGGCAAUCAUACCAUUAAUAGCGUACAUGCACCAAUAUGAUUGCUAUAAAGAAAUUUAUAUGCUGAAUAUAGAAGAAUAUGUCGAGAAUUUUCGACUAGAGAAGCAUGUUGCAUCUGAAACAAAAGAAGAAAUACAAAUCCAUUACGAUGCGAAGCAAGAUUUGAUCUGGCGUCUGCCGCAGUAUAUAAACAUUGGACCAUUCGCACUUAACAUUGAUACAUUAAAGCAAAUGCUAGUAACAAAACGAUCUGAUAUAAUAAAAGCGUUACUAACAAUGUGGUCGGAGGAAGUACGUAUCGUAGUCGAAGAUGUGAUUCAAGCAUACAAAAGUAUAAUGAGGAAAUUAGGUGAAAAACCAAAUACGAUAGAACACGUGUUUGAGAUAAGAGAGUGGAUGGAAUCUAUACCAUUUGCUUUAAAAACUCAGGAAGAUAUUAUGAAAAAAGUUCAUACGGAUUAUGAAGUACUUGAUGUGUUUUUUACACCACUUGAAAAUGAAGAUUUUAAAGCAUUAUGGGAAGCUAUCGGUUGGCCGUUAAAUAUUAAUAAGCAGGUGGUUGCAACGACAGAAUUCUUAGAAGAGGAACAAGAGAAGUUCUGGAAACUUCAUCAACAAGAUGAACAGACAUUGUUUGACAAAAUCGACAUGUUUACAGCUCAGUGUAUGGCCCUUACGUUGCAAAAUGACUUUGGAAAGGUGCAUGAAAUAGCCAAUGACAUAAAGAAAGCUUGGAAAGGCAUGAAAGAAUCACAGGAAUGGGGACGCGUGCUUAAUCAGAGACAGAAAUUGUUUGGACAGCCAGUUGUUCCUUUCGCAGACCUUAACCGUUUAGUGAAAGAAUUCGAACCGUAUAGAAAUUUGUGGGUGACAGCGUCUGAUUUCCUGAAAUCACGCGAAGUGUGGUUCGACAAUCCUCUCAUUUAUGUGGAUGCGGAUUCUAUCGAACCGGCAAUCAAUGAAUAUUACAAGACAAUCGUCAAAUGUAUACGCGUUUUUGCUGAUCUACCCAAAGUGCAGCACGUUGCAUUGACAAUAAGAGAUGAUAUGGAUGAAUUUAGACCAUUGAUUCCUGUUAUUCAAGCUGUCAGAAAUCCUGGAAUGAAAGAACGUCACUGGAACGAAUUUAUGGAGAAAUCAGGAAUAACGGUGACAAUGAACGAGAAACAAACAUUUGCAAUGUGCCUUAAACAAGGCGUGGCGCAACACGCGGGAACGAUUGCUGAAAUAGGUGAAUUUGCAAGUAAAGAGUAUGUGAUAGAACAAUCCCUUGAUAAGAUGCUCACUGAUUGGGCAACAAGGGCUAUGGAAAUCACGCCUUAUAAGACCACUGGUACGUUCAUAAUGAAGAUAGCAGAUGAAACACUUCAGCUAUUGGACGAGCACUUACUUGCGACGCAACAGCUUGGCUUCAGUCCCUUUAAAGCGGCAUUUGAGCUUCGUAUUCAAGAGUGGGAUGAUAAACUUCGAUUAACGCAGAAAGUUGUGGAUGAAUGGAUUGAAUGUCAAAAAGAAUGGAUGUAUUUGGAGCCAAUUUUUACCUCUGAAGAUAUAUCACGACAGCUACCUAUGGAAGCUAAAAAAUAUGGCACAAUGGAAAGAAUUUGGAGAAGAAUUAUGUCGGCAGCGGCUGCAUGCCCAAAGAUUAUGCUGAUAUGUCCAGACAGUCGUCUAUUGGACAGUCUUGUAGAAGCUCGACAUUUACUCGCCGUUGUGUCUCGAGGACUUAAUGAAUACAUGGAACUUAAGCGUCUCAGGUUCCCCAGGUUCUUCUUCCUCAGUGACGACGAACUUCUAGAAAUAUUAUCCCAGUCUCGUAAUCCGAAAGCAGUUCAACCUCAUCUGAGGAAAUGCUUUGAAAAUAUUGCUAAGGUGACCUUCGAACCAGACUUGAAGAUAACACAUAUGCACUCGAGCGAGGGAGAGAUUGUCGAACUUAAAUACAAAUUCUAUCCAAGCACUAACGUUGAACAGUGGCUCCUUCUCUUAGAAGAUACUAUGAGACAUUCAAUACGCUUAACACUGGUAGCAUCCAUGGAAGAGAUAUGGACUCUCCCACGAGCUGAGUGGGUACUACGUUGGCCCGGACAAGUUGUAAUUGCAGGUUCUCAAACAGCUUGGACGGCUGGAGUCGAACAAGCAAUUGCUGAUUAUCGCAUGGAUUUAUAUUUUGAAGAAAUGUUGCAACAGUUGGACAGUUUACGUGCGCUAGUAAAGGGUGAAUUAACAUUCUUCCAACGAGAAGUUCUUUGUGCACUAAUCGUUAUUGAAGUGCAUGCGAGAGAUGUGACAAAAACAUUAGUCGAUGAAAACGUAAAAAAUGUAUCUGAUUUCCAGUGGAUUUGCCAACUAAGAUACUAUCAAAUGAUAAAAGAUAUGAGACCGCUAGAAGAAGAUGAGUUACCAGAGAUAUAUCAAGAUGAAGAGCGUUUGGACACGUCAAUGUACUACCGGCAAUUUAGUCAGAACUAUUGCGACGUUCGGGCUUUAAAUUCGAUCUUUACCUAUCAAAAUGAAUACUUAGGGAAUAGCGGUCGUCUUGUGAUCACUCCGUUGACCGAUCGUUGCUAUCUGACGUUGAUGUGUGCGAUGCAUCUUAAAUUCGGAGGUGCUCCCGCUGGACCAGCUGGUACAGGCAAAACUGAGACUACUAAGGAUUUAGCAAAAGCAUUAGCAGUACAAUGUGUAGUGUUCAACUGCUCCGAUCAACUCGACUUCAUGGCUAUGGGAAAAUUUUUCAAAGGACUUGCGGCGUCAGGAGCUUGGGCGUGUUUCGACGAAUUUAACAGAAUAGACAUCGAAGUUUUGUCGGUUGUUGCUCAACAGGUGGUCACAAUACAAAAGGCUCAAGUUGCUCGCCAAGAUAAAUUUAUGUUUGAAGGUUGCGAGUUACCCCUUAAGGCAUCUUGUUCGGUUUUCAUUACCAUGAAUCCUGGAUACGCAGGCCGUACCGAACUGCCCGAUAAUCUAAAAGCACUCUUCCGACCAAUUGCAAUGAUGGUACCAGACUACGCACUGAUAGCAGAAAUAUCGUUGUUCUCAUAUGGAUUCUUUGAAGCGAAGAUUUUAGCUGGAAAGAUAACGACAACGUUUAGACUUAGCUCUGAACAAUUAUCGUCGCAGGAACAUUACGAUUUUGGCAUGAGAGCUGUGAAAACCGUUAUAUUGGUAGCUGGUAAUCUAAUCCGUCAAAUGCCGGAUGGUGACGAACGACAAAUUGUUCUGCGAGCUUUGCGUGAUGUUAAUGUACCUAAAUUCCUUGCUGAUGAUCUAGUUCUUUUCAAUGGAAUAAUUUCUGAUCUGUUUCCACGUGUGGAAAUACCUAUAGUAGACUAUGGUAUAAUGGAACAAUCUAUAAGGAACAUGCUUAUCAAGAAAGGCUACGAUGACCUUUAUACAUUCAUAUUCAAAAUCAUUCAAUUGUAUGAGACGACGGUAGUGCGUCAUGGAUUAAUGUUGGUUGGACCUGCAGGCUCUGGAAAAACUAAGUGCUACGAAUUUCUCCGAGACGCCUUAACGGCUAUUAAAGGCAAAUUAGCUCCGGACGGUUUUCCUUUCACUCCGGUACAUACUUUCGUCGUUAAUCCGAAAUCAAUCACAAUGGGACAGCUUUACGGAGAGUUUGAUUUGCAAACUCACGAAUGGACGGACGGUAUCCUGUCAAGUUUAGUUCGUGCUGGUAUAGCGGUUGAGGAUAUGGACAAACGGUGGUAUGUUUUCGAUGGUCCUGUUGAUGCUGUGUGGAUUGAAAAUAUGAACACGGUAUUAGACGAUAAUAAAAAGCUGUGCCUAUCAAGUGGUGAAAUAAUGAAGCUGACAGAUAGACAGAGAAUGAUAUUCGAAGUAGCUGAUCUGGCUGUAGCGUCACCGGCCACUGUAUCACGCUGUGGUAUGGUGUACCUGGAUACGCAAGUUGUAGGUCUUCAGCCACUCGUUAAUGCUUGGAUGAAGAGCAAUUUACCAUCGAUUGCUGAUAAUAUUCGAAAGAUCCUUCCAAACCUAAUAACAACGUACUUGUAUCCAGCCUUGUCUCUAGUACGAUUAAAAUUGACUGAAAUUGUAGCGUCAAUAGAUUCAUCUUUGGUGCUAAAAUUCCUAGAACUCUUGGAUUAUAGAUUGAGGCCUCUUACUGGUAAAGAUGAUAGACCGCCUCCUGGUGCUGCCUUUUUAGCUAUGAUGCCGAAAUUGGCUCCCUGCUGGGUGAUUUGGUCAGUGAUCUGGUCCGUGGGUGCAACUUGCGAUCACAAUGGACGAACUAUCUUCUCGAACUUUUUAAGAGAGCUCAUGCAGGAAAACGGUACAAAGCCACUGUUCCCUAAAGAAGGCCGAGUCUACGACUACACCUUGCAUGAUGGUGGUUUCACUGACCCAACCGAUGAUGGCGAACCAGCUAAUCCAUAUUGGUAUAAUUGGAUGGAUAAUCUCGAAGAGUAUGAGGUUGACCCUGAGUGGCAAUAUGCAGACAUCGAAGUUCCCACAUUAGACAAUGUUCGUUGCGCGGCACUACUCGGCUACAAGAUUACCAACUAUAAUCACGUCAUCUGCGUCGGUCCAACCGGCACUGGAAAAACUGUCACUAUAUCAUCAAAACUAUCUCGAGGGUUACAUAAGAAGUUUAUUUGUGAAUUUCUUGUGUUUUCUGCUAGAACAUCUGCUAAUCAGACUCAGGAUGUAAUAGACAGCAAACUGGAGAGACGUAGGCGUGGAGUAUUUGGUCCACCGCCAACGAAACGACAGGUCUUCUUUAUAGAUGACCUCAAUAUGCCUGCAUUAGAAGUAUAUGGCGCUCAACCACCGAUUGAACUUCUACGGCAAUUUAUGGAUUUCUCUGGCUGGUAUGAUCGUACCAAUAUUGGUGAAUUCAAGACUCUAAUAGAUGUUGGUAUGGUUGCUGCCAUGGGUCCUCCCGGUGGAGGUCGUAAUCCGGUUACAAUGCGCCUGAUGAGGCACUUCCAUUAUAUAACAUUUACUGAAAUGGAAUAUAGCAGCAAGUAUGGUAUUUUCAAUACAAUUCUCAAAUCAUGGACGAGAAAUUUCAAGGACGUAACUAUACAAGAGAACUCAUUCCUUAAGAGUUCCAUUGAAGUUUUCAAUUCACUGGUAGAGGAACUUUUACCAACGCCAACCAAAUCCCAUUACACUUUCAACCUCCGAGACCUGAGUAAGGUGUUCCAGGGUAUACUGAUGAUGGAUCCCCUAAACAUAAAGGAAGAAAACGAUGUGAUAAGGCUCUGGUAUCAUGAACAUCAGCGCGUAUAUCAAGAUCGACUUGUUAAUAUGGAAGACCGGAUUUGGUUUGUUAAUUUGCUAAAUAAAAAGAUUCGUACCGAAUUUAAUAAGAAAUCCAGCGACGUGAUCGGUGGAAGGUUGAUGCUGUUUGGUGAUUUCAUGGACAUAGGAGCUGAUGAUAAGAAAUAUGUUGAGAUUACGGAUAAAGAAGAGCUCGAUGAAGUUUUGGCUCAUUAUUUGAGUGAAUACAAUCUGGCAUCAACCGCUCCAUUGGACCUGGUUCUAUUUGAAGACGCCGUAGGGCAUCUCUGUCGCUUGGCUCGCAUCAUGAGACAGCCUAUGGCAAAUGCCUUACUGUUAGGUAUGGGAGGUUCUGGUCGCCAGUCAUUAUCCCGCCUCGCAGCCAGCAUGGCGGAGUUGCAAUGCAUGCAAAUUGAAAUAACCAAAUCUUACGGUCAGACCGAAUGGCGCGACGACCUCAAAAGCACAAUGAUGAAAGCUGGUGCUGAAAAUCGUGGAAUUGUUUUUCUUUUCUCCGAUGCGCAAAUAAAAAUGGAAUCGUUUCUCGAAGACCUAAACAAUAUUUUGAGUUCAGGCGAUGUUCCAAAUAUAUAUGAAGCUGAAGAUUUAGACUGUAUAUAUAUGUCUGUUCGUCACGCAGUCAUGGAAAUGAAUUUAGCGGCAACUAAAACCAAUCUAUUUGCUUGUUAUCAGCGUAGAGUUCGGAGCAAUUUACAUAUCGUUGUCGUUAUGAGUCCAGUCGGUGAAAUAUUCAGAGCUCGUCUGCGCCAGUUUCCCUCUCUUGUGAAUUGUUGUACCAUCGACUGGUUCAGUGAGUGGCCUAAAUCAGCCCUCGAAUCCGUGGCAACGCAUUUCUUCAAUAACAUGACGGAAUUGCAGACCACAGAUGAAGUAAUCGAAUCUCUAGUUUCGGUAUGCUGCUUCGCACACCAGAGCGUGGUGGAUGCAAGUGCCAAAUUCUUGGUUCAACUCAACCGCCUCAAUUAUGUUACUCCAAUGUCAUACAUGGAGAUGUUAGCGGCGUAUGCUGAAAUGUUCAGAAAGAAGCAGAAGGCUAUACUCGUGGAAUCAAAUGCUCUUAAGACUGGUCUGAAUAAACUGAAUCAAACUGAAGUAGAAGUGAAGCAGCUUCAAAUUGAAUUAGCUGAACUUAAGCCUUUGAUGGAAAAAGCCGCUGAAGAAACAAAGAAGGUCAUUGAUCAAAUUGCCAUUGAUACGGAAAUAGCCGAAGACGCUAGAAUAAAAGUAGAAAAGGAGCAGGCAAUCGCUGAACUGAUGGCUAAGGAAACGACUGCUAUGGCUGAAGAUGCACAGAGGGAUUUAGACGAAGCAAUGCCAGCACUGAGAGCAGCAGAAAAGGCUCUACAAGAGUUGAAUCGUAAUGACGUUGUUGAAGUUAAGGCGAUGAAAAAACCACCAGCUGGUGUAGUGCUCGUGAUAGAAUCACUUUGUGUGGUGUUCGAUAUCAAGCCUAUAAAGGAACCUGGAGCAUCGUUUGGUCAAAAAGUUCUGAACUACUGGAAGCCAGGAUCUCAGAUGUUAGCAGAUCCAACUGCAUUUCUGGACUCGUUGAUGAAAUAUGACAAGGAAUCCAUAACAGAAGACAUGAUAAAGAAACUAAAGAAAUACGUUACCGAUCCAAACUAUGAGCCAGGCAAGAUUUCAAAGGUUUCAAAAGCAUGCAUGUCACUGUGCAUGUGGGUGCAUGCUAUGUACAAAUUCUAUCACGUGAAUAAAGCUGUAGCACCUAAGAAGGAGGCUCUCGAGCGAGCCACGAAAGAACUAGCAGCCGUUGAAGCUGUAUUGGCGAACGCGAGAGCAAAAAUGCAAGCACUUCUAGAAGGUAUCGCGAAAUUAAAUGCUUACCUGCAAGAGAAGGAAGAUGAGAAGCGUAAAAUGGAGGAAGAUAUCAAUCAAUGCUUGGCAAGAAUGGAUCGCGCGAACAGAUUAUUAAAUGGUUUAUCGAGUGAACGAGUUCGCUGGAUAAGAACGAUUAAAGAGCUGGAUGUCGGUCAGGUGUACCUCAUUGGGGACAUAAUGUUAAGUGCAUGUGCUGUGGGCUACGUGACGCCAUUCACUGAUGAAUUUCGUCGAGAGCUACUUUCGCAGUGGAUAAAGCAUAUAGUUGAUAUGAAAGUACCCCAUACAGAAGGAGCGACACCGCUAUCAAUUCUUGGAGACGCAGUUGUCAUACGAAAUUGGCAAAUGUAUGGUUUACCACGUGAUCCACUUUCCGUGGAGUCCGCGGUGCUGAUGUCUAACUCCAGGAGAUGGCCUCUCAUCAUCGACCCUCAGACUCAAGCUAAUAAGUGGAUACGUGCCAUGGGUAAAAUCGAAGGGAUAGUUGUAUGUAAGCCGAAUGAUAGAGAUUUACUCAGAAAUUUUGAAUCUGCGCUGAGGUUUGGCAAACCAAUACUUUUAGAGAAUGUUGGGCAAGAACUGGAUCCCGCAUUGGAUCCAGUUUUGAAGCGACAAUAUUUCCGUCAAGCCGGUCAACUCGUUCUGAAACUGGGAGACUCGUUGAUACCGUACACUACUGGUUUUCGUCUGUACAUAACGACAAAACUGCCGAACCCCAAGUAUACCCCUGAAGUAUCUGUCAAAGUGCAGAUCGUCAACUUUGCGCUGGUACCGAGCGGCUUAGCGGAACAACUUCUAUCAAUCGUAGUAGCCCAAGAACGUCCGGACUUAGAAGAGUUACGUGGACAGCUUAUUGUAUCGAGAGCGCAAUUAUCAACCCAAUUAGCUGAAAUGCAAUCUGAUAUUCUAUACGGUCUGUCGAACAGUGAAGGUUCCCCGGUUGAUGAUCUGCCACUCAUUCUCACUCUUGAAGCUAUUAAAAUAAAGAGUGCCGAAAUAUUGAUUAAAGUAGAAGAUAUAGAACGUACAUCUGCUGAAAUAGACGAAGCUCGGCAAGGCUACGUGCCUGUGGCCAACCGUGGCCAAAUUUUAUUCUUCUGUUUAUCUGGCAUGGCCAACGUUGACCCAAUGUACCAAUACUCAUUGGAAUGGUUUGUCAAACUGUUCAUACGGAGCAUGGCUGAAACGGAGCCAAAUGAUGAUAUCAUCGAACGAGUCGACAUAAUAAUUGAGCACUUCACCUUUCUCCUAUAUCAGAACGUGUGUAGAAGUCUUUUCGAAAGACAUAAGCUCCUCUUCGCGUUCCUUCUUUGCGCUCGUAUUUUACUCGACAAAGGGAUCAUCCGACACCAAGAGUUUAACUUCUUAUUGAACGGUGCUAAAAUUGAAGAGGAAUUUGAAAACCCAGAACCCAAAUGGAUAUCCCUAAAAAUGUGGUUAGAUAUGAUGGAACUUGCCUCCUUACCAACCAUGCAUCAGUUUGUUAUUGACUUCCCUCAGCAGACGAAGUUCUUUAAAUCCUAUUACGACGCUUGGAACCCUCAUAAAUUAUCGUAUCCGAAGCCGUUGGAUUCACAAUUGGACGCUUUUCAAAAGUUGCUGGUGUUGAAAUGUCUGCGACCAGAUAAACUUGUACCUGGAUUACAAGACUACGUAGUAACAGGCUUGGGAGCAAGGUUUGUGGAGCCGCAGCCGGCUGAUCUUGCCGCCUUGUUCGCUGAAUCUGAUCCGCUAGCUCCAAUCAUUUUCGUGUUAUCGACAGGAACCGAUCCAGCGGCGGAUCUUCUAAAGUUUGCGGAUAAAAUGAAGAUGGGGAAACGCUUCGAAAGUAUCUCCUUGGGUCAAGGCCAAGGGCCGCUGGCUGAAGCGAUGAUGAAAGUUGGCUGUGAUUUUGGUAAUUGGGUAUUUUUCCAGAACUGUCACCUGUCUCCGUCAUGGAUGCCGGUACUUGAACUGAACGUGGAGCAGAUUGUGCCAGAACAAGUUCACAAGGAUUUCCGUCUAUGGCUCACCUCUACACCUUCGCCAUUCUUUCCGGUGGCAUUGUUGCAGAACGGCUACAAGAUGACUGUUGAGCCCCCAAGAGGAAUUAAAGCGAACUUACUGAAGGCUUAUAUGAAUCAAGUUCCUGACUUCACAGACUAUAUCAAUUCAAGUGACAGCAAAGUCCCUAAUUUUAAGUGGCUGCUCUUCUCGCUGUGUCUAUUUCAUGGUGUUGUCCUUGAGCGUCGUAAGUUCGGACCCCUCGGUUUCAACAUUCCCUAUGAGUUCACGGACGGAGAUCUACGAAUUUGCAUCUCACAACUUCACAUGUUCUUAACCGAAUACACCGAAGUGCCUUUACGGAUGUUAACGUACACCGCAGGACAUAUUAAUUACGGAGGACGUGUAACAGAUGACUGGGAUAGGAGAUGCCUCUUGUGCCUGCUGUCUGACUAUUACACGACUGCCGUCCUAAAUGAUCGCUGUAUAUUCGAUGAGAGCGGCGCUUACAAACAGCAAGCUUCUUGGUUUACAAUUGAAGAUUAUACAAGAUACAUCCGAACCCUUCCGUUAAACGACGACCCAUCCUUGUUCGGUCUUCAUAGCAACGCCAACAUCAGCUACGCUAUGUCUGAAACGACUACGUGUAUCAAUACUCUAAGCAAUCUACAGCCGAAAGAAGUAAGCGGUGGAGGUGGUCUGACAGCGGAGGAGAUGACAGAACGAGCUGCUAAAGAGAUUCUCAAUGUGUUGCCAGCGAUGCUGGACCAGAAGUUUAUCGCGACCACAUAUCCCGUGUCAUACAAGGAAUCCUUAAAUACGGUGCUGAUCCAAGAAGCGAUACGAUAUAACAAGCUAUUAACAGUCAUCAACAGUUCGUUAAAAGACUUACAAAAGGCACUAAAAGGUUUGGUGGUUAUGUCCGAGGCGUUGGAAAGUAUGGCGAGUAGCUUAGCUCGCAAUGGAGUACCAAAUAUGUGGAGUGCAAGGGCGUAUCCAUCUCUAAAGCCACUUGCGGCAUGGGUAAAGGAUUUGUGUCUUCGGGUGCAGUUUAUGCAGCAAUGGGCUGAGGGUGGGAUCCCGAAAGUAUUCUGGAUAUCCGGCUUCUACUUCCCUCAGGCCUUCCUGACGGGUGCCCUGCAAAACUACGCGAGGAAACACGUCAUCGCUAUAGAUACGGUUGCUUAUGCUUUUGAGGCUUUACAAGGUCCUCCGCAAAAGAAACCGGAUGACGGGUGCUGUGUAAGUGGUCUGUUUUUGGAAGGCGCACGGUGGAACUCCGCUGACAUGGCUCUUGAAGAAAGUCGUGCAAAGGAAUUAUACACUGAAAUGGCUAUCAUCUACAUGAAACCAGAACAAAAUCAUCGCCUGGCGUCUGGCCUGUACGAGUGUCCAACAUACAAGACACUAGUUCGAGCUGGUACCUUAUCUACUACCGGUCAUUCAACCAACUAUGUGAUGACCAUCGAAUUGACCACCCAUAAACCCCAAGGUCAUUGGAUAAAACGUGGCGUGGCACUAUUUUGUGCAUUGGAUUAUUAA